UUAUCUGUGUUCUGUAUAAAUAUUGGAAAAGUGUUUUGUCAUUGGAGUUUCAAUUUAAAAUAUCAUUUGUAUUUUCAAAUUGUUGUGAUAACUUUGAUGAAAAUGGCUUUUAUGGGAGACAUGAUGAGCCCAGCUCCUCUUUGGCACAAUGGACCGUCUCCAGGAUCAUUUUAUAACUUCCCAGCAAAUCAAUCAAAUUUUAGUCCUGCCUCGCGGCCUGUUCAAGAUUGUAGAACCCAUUCUGCAGCACCAAUUACAACCACCACAUCAGUAAUAGCAGUGAAAUUUGAUAAGGGAUGUGUGAUAGCUGCCGAUACACUUGGAUCAUAUGGAUCAUUGGCAAGAUUCAGAGAUUGCCCCAGGGUCAUGAAAGUGAACCAUCUGAUUAUGCUUGGUUCCGGUGGAGAUUAUGCAGACUUCCAAUACUUAAAAGACAUAAUAGAGCAGAAAAUUAUUGAUGAGCAAUGUAUGGGUGAUGGCCUUCUCCUUAAACCUCGGUCUCUCCACUGUUGGCUGACCCGUGUACUGUACAAUAAGAGGAGCAAGAUGGAUCCAUUGUGGAAUAACUAUGUUGUAGCUGGGAUACAGGAUGGCGAACCGUUCCUCGGAGCAGUUGAUAAACUUGGUACAGCUUAUGAAGAUGCAGCUAUUGCUACAGGUCUUGGUGCUUACAUGGCAACACCCCUGAUAAGAGAUGCUCUGGAACAGGGCCCGCUUGAUGAAGAGAAAGCCAAAGCCCUUGUUCGCAAAUGUAUGGAAGUACUGUUCUACCGCGACGCACGGUCCUUCCCUCGCUACCAGUUGGGUGUUGUCACUGAGGCAGGUGUCACUAUCGACGCUCCUGUCGAAUUGAAACAUGAUUGGAACUUAGCCCACAUGAUUGUAAUGAAGUGAUUCAAUAAAAUAUGGUCUUUGUAAUAA